AUGGUAUCCACGUGCGAUUGUAACAGUCUUUCCCCAUCCCAAUCAAUUUUUCCCUGUAGCUUUAGAAAUGUUUCCGGAUUCCCUCUUCUCCUAGAUAUUCUGACAGGGGAGACAAAGCCUCUGCACUUUGCUGGAAGUUGUGUUUCUACCUACUUUUGCUUAAGCUGUUGUAAGGAAUGUACACACCCAGCUGUGAAAAAGUCGGUUGGUUCAUCCCUCUCUGGUGCUGCCCUCUGCUUUCAGGUAGACUUCUGCAGGUUCACAUCUUCUCCAGGUGAAAAGGUGUUCCAGAUUAAAAUCUCAGCACCAGAAGAGCAGUUCACUAGAGUUGGAGUCCAGGUUUUAGACCGGAAGGAUGGGUCCUUCAUAGUAAGAUACAGAAUGUAUGCAAGCUACCAAAACCUGAAGGUAGAAGUUAAAUUCCAAGGUCAACAUGUUGCCAAAUCUCCAUAUAUUUUAAAAGGGCCAGUUUACCAUGAAAACUGUGAUUGUCCUUUGGAAGAUAGUGCAGCCUGGUUGCAGGAGAUGAACUGCCCAGAGACCAUAACUCAGAUUCAGAAAGAUCUGGCACAUUUUCCUACGGUCGAUCCAGAAAAGAUUGCAGCAGAAAUCCCAAAAAGAUUUGGACAAAGACAAAGCUUGUGUCAUUAUACCUUGAAGGACAACAAGGUUUACAUCAAGACUCACGGUGAACAUGUAGGCUUUAGAAUUUUCAUGGAUGCCAUACUACUUUCUCUGACUAGAAAAGUGAAGAUGCCAGAUGUGGAGUUUUUCGUUAAUCUGGGAGACUGGCCUUUGGAAAAAAAGAAAUCCACCUCGCACAUCCAUCCAAUCUUUUCCUGGUGUGGCUCCACGGAUUCCAAGGAUAUCGUAAUGCCUACCUACGACCUGACUGACUCUGUUCUAGAAACCAUGGGCCGAGUAAGUCUGGAUAUGAUGUCUGUGCAAGCUAACACAGGUCCUCCCUGGGAAAGCAAGAACUCCACCGCUGUCUGGAGAGGGCGAGACAGUCGCAAAGAGAGACUGGAACUGGUUAAGCUCAGCAGGAAACACCCAGAACUUAUAGACGCUGCCUUCACCAACUUCUUCUUCUUUAAACAUGAUGAAAGCCUAUAUGGUCCUAUCGUGAAACACAUUUCAUUUUUUGAUUUCUUCAAGCACAAGUACCAAAUAAACGUUGAUGGCACUGUCGCAGCGUAUCGCCUGCCGUACCUCCUCGUCGGUGACAGUGUUGUGCUGAAGCAGGACUCCAUCUACUACGAGCACUUUUACAAUGAGCUGCAGCCAUGGAAGCACUACAUUCCAGUGAAAAGCAACCUGAGCGAUCUCCUGGAAAAACUUAAAUGGGCAAAAGAUCAUGACGAAGAGGCAAAGAAGAUAGCAAAAGCAGGACAGGAAUUUGCAAGAAAUAAUCUCAUGGGCGAUGACAUAUUCUGUUAUUAUUUUAAACUUUUCCAGGAAUAUGCCAAUUUGCAAGUGAGUGAGCCCCAAAUCCGAGAGGGCAUGCAGAGGGUAGAAGCACAGACUGAAGAUGACCUCUUUCCUUGCACGUGCCAUAGGAAACAGACCAAAGAUGAACUCUGAUGUGCAAAAUACCUUCCCUUCAAAUAAUGGUGCUCUGAAGGCUCUUUUUAACUGACAUAGAGGAAUGUUUUUUAAAUAUUGAUUCUGUGGACAAUAUAAAGUCUGCUAUGUGAUUGAAUUAUGAACAUAUGUUUCUUCUUCUUAUGCAGUAUUCCUGUGACCAUCCUUUAAAGCACAGUUUUAGAAUUUUAUAAUAAAACCACUUUUAUUUUAAA